AUGCGGCAACGAAAUGUAUACUUGUUAACUGAUAGCAGCUAUUUCAACCAGGUCCAUCUCACAUCCGCGAUGCUCACCCAUCCAAUGUCACUGCGGGGAAUUCGCUACCAACACACCUUUCGGGCCGUAACAAAAAUCAUCGAUACACUAUCCUUGGAGACACCUUCAUUAAAUUGUCUUGUCGUUGACAUACGCUGGUCGAUAUCUUAUGCAGACUUUCUGGUGCUCAACUCGCUGUUUGGCAACUAA